AUUCACACUUUGCCUCACUUCCUCCAUGGCUAUCUUCUUCUUCUUCUUCUUCUCCAUUCUUGCUCUCUUUGCUUCACCUACUGUCCUGGCCUCACCGUCGUCCCCAGAUCUAGUCAGUUCCUCCUGCCAACACGCCACCUUCCCCAAAGUCUGCCUCCACACCCUCUCUUUGUAYGGUGGAAAAGUCACCACCCCAAGGGAGUUGGCUCAGGCCGCCAUUAAAGUCAGCAUCUCUCGAGCUUCCAAGGCCUCCGACUAUCUUUCCAGCCUGCAAAAGGAAGCCAACAAGAGGGAGAGAGGAGCAGUGAAGGACUGCGCCGGUCAGAUGUCGGAGUCGGUGGAGGAGCUGAGGAAGACGCUCGGAGAACUCAAGGAGCUCAGGAGAGGAACGUUCAGGUGGCAGAUGAGCAAUGCUGAGACAUGGGUCAGCGCAGCAUUGACCAAUGAAGACACGUGUCUUGAUGGGUUCAAAGAGAUCGAUGGGAGGGUGAGAUCCGACGUCAAAAGAAAAGUCACAAAUGUUGCCAAAGUCACCAGUAAUGCUCUAUAUCUCAUCAAUCGCCUCGAUCAUCCCUGACCCCUUUCUAUUUUCCUUCAUUUCUCCAUCAUCAUUGUUAUUUCAUCAUCAAACUAAACCAAUCAAUAUCAUGCUAUAUAUAUAUAUAUAUUACAUGCUUGUUAUAUCUAUAUCUAUAUAGCUAAUGAUGGGGGUAUAGUAGUUUAGGUGUGGAUAUAUGAUUCUGAUAAGAUGGAUCCAUCAUCCGUGUGU